CACAUGGAUGUAGCUAGCACAGUUCUUCUGAUGCAAUGCACAGGUACACGUAACUAUCAGUCCCAGACAAAAUAAUGGAAAAGUUGAGAAAUGAUUCAAUUAAUAAGGAAGUAAAGGGUAGGAAUAUAAUUAAUGCCACUCGGCACAGUUUUAUGGAAAACAGUCUUGUCAAACCUGAUUGCAUUCUUUGAGAUUACAAGUUUGAUUGAUAAAAGAUAAUUGCAUUGAGGUGCUAUACAUCGACUUUUAUAAGGCAAUUUGAUUUUAAAAGUUGAGUCUAUAUAAUAUAAAAAAACCACAUGUUAAAUGGAUUAAGAACUGGCUAAAUGACAUCUCAAAUACUAGUUGUCAAUGGGGAAUCAUCAAAUGGGGGUUUUCUACUACAAUGUAGCUGCAGGAUGCUUUAUACAUCAUUUCUUCAAGGAUUUCAUGAUGUCAUAAUAGAAAGAACUUGUCAUAGUAACAAACUGUCUCUAUCUGAUGACCACCAGAAUGGUCCCUUGUGUCCCAAUACAGACUAUGUCUCAUGUCUUCCAUGGAAACAUGAUGCAGUAGCCUGUCUAGAAGAAAUCCAAGGCAGUGGAUGACAGAGGAAGGGGGCUGUGAGCCUUCUGCAGCUAGUCCCCAACCCUACCCAGCUGUGUGUAAGACCAGCAAUACAUAAGAAAGUUUACCAUUAUUAACAGCAUUCAUCAUGGCUAACUUAAAGACUACUGCUGGUUUAGUCUCCAUUCGGAAAUCGCUAGAGUUGGCACAGCUGACUACUUUUGUUCCCGAGAUUCCUUCACUAGACACUAAACCAGCAGACUGCUAUUUGCUCUCAGCCCCUUUUGCAGCCCUGGGAGGACUUUCCCCAAGUGAAAAGAAAAUACCCAAGGCUCUAUUGCCCUUGAGACAACGUUACUCCCGCAUACAAGCUGGUUUCACCAAUCGCUGGCAGUUCCCUUACGGCCUAAGCUGUGAUCUCUUAGGAAAUGCACAAGCCAAUAAGGCUUUUAGAGUCUACCUCAACGAGACCCUGAAGAGGAUAAUGACAGCUGACACACCUGUCUCACUGUCUGAUGAACCAAAGAUUCAGACAUCGAAUCUAGAAUUUGAAACACAAGGCCAUUCGUCAUCUUUAUCGCCACAAUCUCAGAAGGGCAAUGAGCUGGAGUCUUUGAGGGUACACUCCAAUCAAGCCUACACAAAUGAAGUCAUCUUUUCCCACACGCAGAAGAUGACAGAAGAUAUGGAACCAGAUGUGGCCUUGGAGUGCCUGGGCUUCUUAUGGGAGCUUCAUCGUAUCUAUUUAUUUAAAUCCAAGACGCUGUCACAGCUUUUAAUUUCUGCAGUAGAGCCAAUGAACAUAAAUGAUUUGGAAAGCCAGCACAAAAGCAAAAAAGAAGGCAAACACAAUAAACAGUCCAACCUGGCUGCUCAGAAAACUAAGGCACUCGGCAAAGAGAAGUCAAAAAUGAAAAAGAUCACCAUUUCACUGGAUGUUCAGGACCCAGAAGUCACUAGAAUUGCCUUUGCUAUAGCACUCAAGAAUUUAUACAGUACUGAACCAGAGGUGGAAGAGGGUGAUGUUUUGGGAGUCCUGGCAGCUGCAUCAGUGCUGCAGUUCCCUAGUCUCUUCCAGAAGUGUGUGUCUAUUAUGAAGAGUGGAAUUUGCUCAGCCAAUGUCUGUAGCUAUUAUUGCGCUGCUUGCAAGUACAAACAGGAAACACUGGUAACAGACUGCGAAAGGUGGUUAGAGGUGAACCUUGUUCCUCAGCUUAGUUCUCAGAUCCAUCUACGGAAACUGCCACAAGAACUGCUACAGAAAGUGCUCAGAUCACCCAGGUUGUUUACAUUCAAUGAAUUCCACCUCCUGAAAACAACUCUUUGUUGGACCUACCUACAGCUAAACCCAAGGGUUCAGAUAAUACCAUCUCAUGAAACAAUCCUAAUGUACUUUAGCAGUUUACCCAAGAGAUGUUCCUUUCUGGAAAGGGAAGCAGGACAGAGAUAUAUAACUGUUUUUCAAUCCCUUCGUUUACAUGGAAUAACUUCAAGUAAGCAUCUGGAGGAUUUACGACAGAUUAACUUCCUCCCGCUGCCAUGGCUGACACAGAUUCUGUCCAACCAUUACCAUGCACUGGAGAAUGGUGGUGACAUGACAUUGCAGAAAGAUUUUUCCAUGCAAGCUGUGAGAUUUGGUCUGCUGCUUAAACAGGAGCCAAGAUAUCAUGAAGAAAUAAUUUCCAUUUAUGGAUUCUUCUUUGAGAUAAAAGCAAUCAGACAUGAAGCUUCAGCAUACAGCUUUUACAUUCAAAGAGUCAAACAAACAGACCCAGCUUUAUCUUUUUUUACUGCUGAACGUAGCCCUGUCAGCCUUAGGCAGGAGCGAGAAGUUAAAUAUGAAAUAAAAGCACAGUGCCUGAUGGAUGGGAAAUGGAGAGAAUUCAGUACUGAUCAACUUACCCAAAAGUUUGGCGUUACCAAACCAUCCUGCAAAAGCCAAGUCUUGAAAGCACGAAUACCAUCAAUUCCAGUCUAUGUGACAUAUGCUCUUCUUUUUCCAUCAUCUUGAUUUGCUAAAAGAAAAUAAGCUCUAGAGUUUUCUUUCGCCUGAAGAACUGAUUUCAGCACUUGAUAUUAUCAGCAGAGGCGAAUCGUGUACUUUAAGGGUACAGGCUGCUUAGCCAACUAACCACAUUUGUCAUAGUAUGAAAAUAAACUGCAACCUUUCCUUGUGUCAUGCUCAUUUCAGGAUUAAAUUCUAUCAACUGCCUGUUUCUGUUCUCCAUAAAUUAUAACUGCAAAUUGGCAAUUUCUAUUUUAUUAGACAUGGACUCAAAUUACAAAAUCUAGCUCUAGACUUCAAACAGAAAGUUUGGGGGUGUUCAGACCUGGGUUUUCCCACAGCUCCAUGGUGUAUUUCUAGCUUUCCAUUAUUGAAUAAUACUUUCCGAGUUGGCUGCAACUAUGUGAAAAAGCUGUUGCUUCUGCAAACCAUGAAUGAGACUAAGGUAGGUCACUAGUACCAAUUAAUCGCUACAAUUUCUACAUACCACUUCUGUGCUCUAUAUCAUCGCCUAAUCCUUAGUCAUAUCCCUGGGUGCAA